CUCCUCUCGACUCCGUGUGCAGCCUCUUAGCUGUUACCUAGUUACAAGCAUGAGACGGAGCGACUGUUAUAAUGUUGCAGUGGUGACUUCAGUGCAUCAGUCGGUCCGAGAACAGACGGAGGGGGGGAAACUCACCGAGAAACACACCGGAGGACCGGAGCGGACUGUUUUACGGUUGAGGAUGAAGAUUAAACAUGUCCUGACGGGGAAUAAACCAACUGCAGCUGCUCCUCUCGCGUUGUUUCAAUCAAUACAAUCCUAAAUCCACGUUAGAGACCGGGUUAACGAAGAUCACGGUUUGAAAAGUCUCAUCGUUAAGAUCAGAUGGGCGAGAGCUGAGACAACAGAAGAACAUCUAGCUCCCCGGGCUGAAGAGGAUGGAUGAGAUGUGGGAGAACGUUAGCUUUGCCAGCCCCUUGCCCGGACUCCCCCUUUUGCUGUUUAACGACAGCAAUCUGAACGAGACGCUGUCCAACUCCACCAACUCCAGCGUCCCAGUUGUCUCCUUAGGACCUAGCGUGGCAGGGGUCCUCCUACCACUCAUAUAUAUAAUCGUGUGUAUCAUUGGCCUGGGUGGAAACACUUUGGUCAUUCACAUUGUGCUACACUACUCAAAAAUAGAGUCAGUGACCAACAUCUACAUCCUUAACUUAGCCAUCGCUGAUGAGCUCUUCAUGCUCAGUCUGCCUUUCCUGGCGGUUCAGAACACCCUCCAGUCGUGGCCGUUUGGCUCCUUCAUGUGCCGCCUGGUCAUGACUGUCGACUCCAUCAACCAGUUCACCAGCAUCUUCUGCCUGACUGUGAUGAGCAUCGAUCGCUACCUUGCCGUUGUCCACCCCAUUCGGUCUUCAAAGUGGCGGCGCCCUCAGGUGGCCAAGAUUGUGAAUGGCACUGUCUGGGCUCUGUCCUUUCUUGUUAUUCUGCCUGUGGUGAUCUUUGCCAACAUCCAGAAGACAGGAGGUACCUGUAACAUCGCCUGGCCACAGCCAGCUAACAUAUGGCGGGCAGCUUUCAUUAUUUACACCUCUACGGUUGGAUUCUUCUGCCCUCUUCUUAUCAUCUGCCUCUGCUAUCUGCUUAUCGUCUUCAAGGUCCGCAGCUCGGGUAAAAAGGUCCACGCCACCUCCACCAAGCGCAGGAAGUCGGAGAGAAAAGUGACGCGCAUGGUUGUGAUUGUUGUUGCCGUGUUUGUCUUCUGCUGGCUGCCUUUCUACGCCCUUAACAUCCUCAACUUGCUGGUUUCGCUGCCCUCAGAGUAUCAGGGUCUUUACUAUUUUGUUGUAGUGCUUGGCUACGCUAACAGCUGCGCCAACCCCAUCGUCUACGCCUUCAUGUCAGACAACUUCAAGAGGGGUUUCCGGAAAGCCCUCUGCCGCUCCACAAGGAAGGUGGAGAACCACGAGCCCAUGGAGCUCCAGCAGCAGGAGCAGAGGGAGGGCAGGGCCGUUCUCAAGCCCAGGGAAAGCCUUAGACGUGUAUUCAAGGAUGAAGACGAGUACGACGAGGAAGACGUCUCGGAAAUGACGGAGAUCUACAGAAUUGCCCAAAAUGGCAACAGCAGCUUCCAGACACAGAGCUUGCUGCCGCUGUUGCCCGAGAAAGGAGCGACUCCAGUUGCAACGGAGCUGUCGUCCCCAGACAGGAAGGACAAAUCUGGGGACGUGACAGGGAAAGAUCCAGCCGACGGGUCAACACUGACUGUACCGCUGCUUCUCAAUGGAACCAAAAAUGGGAGCAUUAAAACUCUGCCAGAGGAGAACUUGGAACAGAGUACAUCACUGGAGAUAAGUUACUUAUAGUGUAAAUGACGGACCUUAUUUUACUUGAAGUGAACUCAGUAUUACGACACAGGGCAGCCAACACUGAACUGUGUGUAGCAGAGCAAAAAGCCCACUCGAAGUGUAUAUAUAAUGAAAACUAAAGAAAAACGAGUAAGCUGUUCAACGGACUCAACGUUUCUUUAACAUUUGAAGGACAUACUAAAGCUUCACCAACACACAGAAUAUAUUCCUGUUUAUAUUGUGUAUAUAUGCAUGAAUAUGAAUGUAAAAAGUUGUGCCUUUAUUUACUGUUAUUUUAUGUAUCUUCUCUAUCUAUCUAAUCAUUAUCUAUUUUUAUUCCAUAAUGUGACAGUCAUUUGCUCAAAAUGAACUGCACUUAAGCUUAAAUCAACAUUCACUGCAACCAUCUACACAUUAGCUGAACAUUGAUGCUACUACUUUAUUUUACAUAGGAAUCCCAUGUCUGUAACCGCAUUCACUAUUAUUGUGUUUAUACAGGUUUGAAGGGUUAAAUGUAAUGGCUGCCAAGGUUCUGUUUGAAGGUUUUAGGGAGGUGGUCAAGGUGUAUGGUGGGUGUAUAGAGGGUAAGACAAGGUUGACAUCCUGAGUCACAUUAGGUGUGGUUAGUUUUAGGCAACAAAAGCAUUUUGGUUAAGGUUUGUGAAACAUCUUAGUUUUAGUUAAAUGUUCAUAAAUGCAUUGUGUCUUGGGCUUCAAGUCACUUUUGACUGUUCCUGUAUUAAACCAACACCACAAUCUUUCUCUAACUUGAAGUGCUGCCCGUACCUGAACAUAACUUUAUAAUAAAACCUGUUUCAGUUAUCUGUUUCUACAAGUGGAUAUUGUAUAAAAACAUAUAUUCAUAUUUUGCAACUUUGCAGGUACAGUUCAGUAACAAUGCAGGAAUGUUUUGUAAUCUUAUUCUAAAACUCACUUUUUUCUAUUUUUGAGGUUUGCUCAUACUUAGGCUACGUCACAAGACAUCAAAUUGGACAAACUUGUUACUUAACAUGAAAAUACCUCGUUUCAGCCCAACAUUCCCACAAACGGCUACUUGUUCUGCUCCGUUUGUGGGAAAAGUUUCUGUUUACUCCACUACAUUUAUUUGAAAACUUAAGUACUUUGCAGCCUAAUAAUAUGAAAGAUAAUGAGCAGGUAAAUUACAAUGUAUUAUCACAGGUACAAUUACCCAGCAGUAAAGUAAUUCAAAAAAACUCCUUUACCAGCAACAUUAAAGUGAUGAAAACAUGAAUGCAUCAUUAACUUAUAAUACAAUACAUCCAAUAAUAUAAUAAACAUUAUUCUAAAACUGUCCAUUAUACAGGACUACUUUUACUCUAGGUACUUUGAGUAGGUUUUCAUGCUAAUACCUGUGUUUUACUGAAGUAAAAUAUUGAAUGCAGGACUUACUAGCAAUGUUGUACUGCAAAUAUCUUCUUCCAACACUGCUUCUGGCACAUUUUACUGUGUAUUGAUAACUUCAGUGCAGUACCUGAGUAACUGAUUACUAUGUGGAUUAAAAAAAAGAAAAUCUCCAUUAUUUAGCAGAAACUCACCUCCGAGCCCUUUAUUCAUGAGUGCUUGCACACCACACACCAGGACAGGGACACUAGUUAUAUUUAGCUCGCUGUAUAUAAAGUCCAACUGGCUCUACUGUGCUGCUGGUCUUCAGCCCACACGCGCAUGCUCACCCUUCUGUAAAGAUCAACUAAGGAGCAUGAUAGCAUUAAAGGCCCAUUAAAUAGGGAUUUGCCUGGCUGUGCUUUAUUUGCCCAGUCCCCCUCCAAUGGUACGGCAGCUUGAUGAGAGCAGAGCUCUGAUCAGGGGGAGCGGAGUGGUGUGUUUCCUUCUUGUUGUUGACUUGUGUUUGUGUGUUGGGCUAUAAAUAUUGAGCUGCUGGCCGGUGAUCCCCGACUCCCCUCGGUGAUAACCCACCUGUGCUUACUGUACUCAGUGUGAUUCUCUGCCUGCACAAUCUCACCCACAUACAAUAUGGACAAGUUAACUCUGAUACUCUGUUAUUCACUUUUGUUUUGGCAAGAGAAACUAUGGAAACCAUGUGCAAACACAGUACACCUGAUCCUCUAAUGAACAGUAAUGUUGACCUUUUGGGAUUAAAUAUCUAAUCAUAUUCUGUUGCACACUGUGCAACAUGCAAAUACCAAAUAAUGCAUGUUUAUCUCCCAUGUGUAAUGGAUGCUUGAUGGGUUUUAUCCCGCUGGUGAUGCUAACUGAGUGGGAGUUUUUAUUCAUUUCAACCAUCACUUAAGUUGAAGUGUUGGUGUUGAUUAAAGCGUAAGAAUAGUUUCCCAACAGGGCAUAAAGCCUUAUCAGCAGAAAUGACACUGCUAAAACCAUCAAGGCAACAUAAUCCUGCUGGAUGAAUAUUGAUUUUGUACAAGCCUAAUAGAUAAACUGGAUCGUGUUUAUUUGUUUGCUUUUUUUUAAUUGUGCUGCUGCAGGUUCAAUAUGAUGUUCCAUGAAGACAAAUCUGUCAUUGAUUAUAUAAUUUAGAUAUGAAGUAAGACGAAAUAAAAAAA